AUGGGAGCCCUUGUCCCAAAAAGGUGGAUAUCGGGCAAGACUGCAGUCUCCUUACUAUUGUUGAAUAUCCCAGAAUGCAGUCGGAACGGACAAACGGACCAACAAUCCACAGCUGGCAGAGAGGUAAUUACUACCCAGCUCACAAACAUCUUGUACGCAAAGUGCAGGGCCCUGCAUGUGCAUUACAGAGAGGCUCACGUUGAUGUGAAGACCACAGAUGGCUACCUACCUUGCCUAUUCUGUGUUGGAUUCACCAAAAAGCGUAACAACCAGAUUAGAAAGACUUCUUAUGCCCAGCAUCAGCAAGUGCGUCAGAUCCGCAAGAAGAUGAUGGAAAUCAUGACUCGUGAAGUGCAGACAAAUGACUUGAAAGAAGUUGUUAACAAGCUAAUUCCAGACAGUAUCGGCAAAGACAUUGAAAAGGCCUGCCAGUCCAUCUAUCCUCUACAUGAUGUGUAUGUACGCAAAGUGAAGAUGCUGAAAAAGCCAAAGUUUGAGCUGGGCAAACUUAUGAAACUACAUGGUGAAGGCGGUGGUGCUGGGAAGCCUGCAGGAGAUGAGACAGGCGCCAAAGUAGAGCGGGCUGAUGGAUAUGAACCCCCACUUCAGGAAUCUGUCUGAGAUGCAUAAUCUGAAUUAGAGCCUGUAAAGAAAGAAAA